ACGAGGCUCUGGGCGCGGGCUGCAGAUGUCGGACCGGCAGGCGGCUGAGGGGCCGGGCUUCUGGAGCCCCGCAGUCCGCCGAGGGUCGGCGGGAGACCUCGGGGACCGCCCGCGAGUGAAGGGGAGCCAGACGGUCGCCUCAGCAGAUGAAGAUCUGGGAAACACCAAAGUCACUGCUUCACUAGCUUCUGACUCUGAUCCAUCACCCCACUCCUCACCCUACAGGCCACAGAUGGUAUCUCCAGUGAGCAAGCAUGUCACUGAAGAUCUGCAGAAAGCUGCUCGUACCUUGGAGGCUCGGGCUUUAGUGGAACAGGAGUUGCUGCCAAAAGACCAGGCCCGGAUCCUCAGUGAGAUGGCCAGAUACCAUGUUCCACCAAGAUCUGGAGACAUCAUUAUGAUCCAGUCUGAGCAUACAGGAGCUAUAGAUGUUCUCUCAGCUGAUUUGGAAUCUGCAGAUCUUCUGGGUGAUCAUAGAAAAGCCUGCCCACCUCUGAUGGCUCCUCCAUGCAUCUGGACCCUUGCCAAGGUGAAGGAAUUCAAAAGCAAGCUGGGUAAAGAGAAAAACAACCGUCUGGUGGUGAAGCGUGGUGAGGUAGUGACCAUCCGGGUACCUACUCACCCAAAGGGGAAGCGUGUCUGCUGGGAAUUUGCAACUGAUGACUAUGACAUUGGCUUUGGAGUUUAUUUUGACUGGACCCCUGUCACUAGCACUGAUAUAACUGUGCAGGUCAGUGAUUCCAGUGAGGAUGAGGAUGAAGAAGAUGAGGAAGAGGAAGAAAUUGAAGAACCUGUCCCAGUGGGAGAUGUGGAGAGAGGCUCCAGGAGCUCCUUGAGGGGUCGCUACGGGGAGGUCAUGCCUGUGUAUCGGCGGGACAGCCACCGAGACGUGCAGGCUGGCAGCCAUGACUACCCUGGGGAGGGCAUCUACCUGCUCAAGUUUGACAACUCGUACUCUCUGCUCCGCAACAAGACUCUCUACUUCCACGUCUACUACACUAGCUGA